GUAAUAAUGCCAAAUAUACGCAAGCCCGGUUCGCCCAGAAAACGCACCGGUUUUGAGAAUUUCAAGAUCGUUUAUAUACUUCAAAGAGAGAAAAUGGAGAUACAGUACAUUGCCUAUUCAUUGGAAAAGCUGUUGGUUACAGAUCUUCAUAACUUUCAAACACCUGCAAAUUGUGUGAUGAGAAUACUUUUAUAAACUAGAAAGAUAUUAAAAGGGAGGUUACCAAGUUUCAAAUGCGAGUACCUGUUGAAUCUCGGUACCUUGUCAGUUACGCCAAGGAGGGGUUUAAGUGGUAUAGUAUGGUUCCCAAGAGCUUAAACUACGAUGGAUCAAAGAGGGAUCUGGCAAUUUUUAAUUGGCACCGGUUAUCUUGUGACGCCAAGAGUUUUAAAUCAUUUGUUAUGUUUUUUGUUUUAUUUGCUAACUAUUAUGGUAGAGAGGUAAGAAUCUUUCCAAGAAGCUAAUGAUCUAACCGAGGACCACAUUUCUUUUGUUAAAAGCCAUUAAAUCUUAGACGGGAAUUUUAAUUACCCAAUAAGCAACACCGUGGUAAAGGGUAACUGGUACAAGCAACAGCAAAUGGAAGCUGUGGAUAUGCACUAAAAGGAGGCUGAUGAAUAUCGUGCCUAAAACAAAAUAAAGAAUGUUAUAAAUUGGACUUGUUGUAAAGAGCAGAAAACGUGAAAUUGUGAUUCAAUAAUUCAUCUUACUGUGUGUUUACUAUUAAUUAUAUUAUCGUCUUUUAACAAACUAGGAAAGUGGAUUUUGUUUUGCAUUGCCCACAAUUCUGUUAAAUAAAUGAUAAGUAAACGACUGUGGUAUGAGCAUCCUCGCAGACAAUAAUUGUCCUUGAAUCCGCCCUUGGGAAAUCGAAAAUCAAAUAGAGACAUUUUUACCACGGUUGAUUUUGUAGGAAUUUUUGUAUUCGUCUAGAAAAGGAAUUCAGUUGAUAUAUUGUUUUUUAAGUAGUCUGGCUUGGCUAGACUACUUGGCUUGUUGCAAUUAAUAUUACAAAACAGUCCUAUAACUCUCGAGGAUUAUUCAUAGAAACUAACAGCCUUUUAUCAUCAUUCAGGCAGUGCUUACUGAAACAGAUUUUUAUGUGUAACAGAGAAAGUAAUGGGAAUAUACACUUUUUGUGUACGCUCGGAAAUAGAGUGUAGAAUAUAUGUACAUACAUUUAAUGAACAGGGCAUCUUUAUAUAGUAAUCAAUGAGAGAUUCGUAACGAAAACAAAACCUGUGUAAAACUGUACAGCAUCUUGCCCAUCCACAACAAAGAAACUAUCUGAUAUUAGAAGGCCUACAUAAUGAUAAAAAAAAAAAAAAAAAUUAGAUAUACCAUAACGACAUAAACACUACAUUCACGAUCAAAUCUAUCAACUACAUCAUAUGAGAUAAAGUUACUCCAUAUCGACCAGAGCAAAAUGGAUGGGUGUAGCAGAUAAGCAAGAUAGGAAAAAUAGAUUAUGAUCAGAUCAGUCAGCCUGUCGUUAGCCAGUGUGUCUCGCGGAUAAGGCUGUGCUGGUGAAUAGAACGGUUUAAUGAGUGCCUGGUUUAUAAUUCUACAAUGGAAAUGGAUCCGUCAAAGUCGACAUGCUGCUGUUCAGUCUCUUCCCUCAAAGUCUCUACCAUCGUCCUGGGUUCUAUAGGCUUUAUCCUCUGGCCCACCGCCAUCUGCGCUACAACCUAUAUUACCUUCGAUGUAGUGAAUGGAAAUUACUUGCAACCUUUCCCAGUCAUGAUGGCUGCAAUAAUCCUCGUCGGCGUCAACAUCGCCUACAUCUACCAGACUUCCCUGAUCAUUCUCACCCUCACUGAAAGCAAGAGGCUGUCGCGUAAGGUCGUCGAGUCAGUACGGCGCAACACGGCUUGUCUCGUGGCCUUCUUGCUGGUUGGCUUCGCCGAGUGGGUGACGAGCGUCGUUUUCUAUGUCAUGGAAGGGAUGGACCGGGUUGAGUACAUUACGCUCUUCGGAUGUAGCUUUUCUUUCGUGUGGACGGUAGUGGUAGCAGCUGUGGCAGGAUCCUUGACGCAUGUGGCAAAGAACGGAACUAGGGACGAGCACACGCCGCGAGAUCAUUUUCCAUUGGUCGACCGCUCACCCGAACAAUUCGAAACAAGAAACAAAAUGCAUCACAGGUACAAGGAAACUCGCCCAACGAAGCCCUCCUACGCCCGAUCUGUGCCUGGAACGUGGGCCACGCCUGUGCACGGGCGGGUAUCACCGUGGGCGAGUCAUCUUUAGUUACUGGACUCGAUAUGCUUUACUCGAAGGCGUGACAGGUGCACCGGCGACAGAGUCUAAGAGAAACGAAGAUCAUCUGCCCAGACACCGGAGUCGAAAAACUAAAGAUACUGACGGAAGAGGAAACCCCAAAAGAAACCGGCCUUGUCGAAGAAACAGGAGAAAUGGCCGAUGUCAAAGAAGCAACAGACAGAAUCGAUGAAACUAUAGACAUCAUCAGCGUAAAGGGAUCUUGUCUGCCUCACGUGUUGAUUGAGUUGGAAGGAAUUCCAGUUUGCUUCAUGGUAGACACUGGGUGUGAGAUCAGUUCCAUUACCAGAGAACAAAUGACAAGCUUGGGAUAUGAGGAGAGCGAUUUGGAAGGUGGUCUCCCUCAUUGUUUGUUUGCCAGUGUGAAGAUUAAUAACUAUAAAUCAGUAUGGCUUUUGAUCGUUAAGAACAAGUUUGACCACAACUUGCUUGGUCUCGACAUCCUUGCUAAUUACUGUUGCAUAAUAGAUUUAGAUAAGAACAGACUUACUUUCCGUGAGUACUACGGCGACGCUUCAUGGGACCUACGAAAGACCACAGUGAACAUUCAGGGGAAAGACGUGGAAAUGGAUAUUGACACAGGUGCCGUAUGUUCCAUAUAUGGCCCCAGAUUUGUGCAUUAAGGCAUUCGGUCGUGAGGUGCACGAUGCCUGGUACAAGGUUAAACCCGACGAAACUCCAGAGGGAUAUAAAGAUCCUACACUGGGAGUGCCAUUUUUCUACGGACUGCGUCUGCUGUUCAACCCGGACGGGUCUUUUGAAGUAAUGGAACCAGAGACGGAGGACCAGAUGGGAAGCUCAGAUGUAGUUAGGGUAGUGAAAGGGACAGCUGUUCAAGCAGAGACACCUCUGCGAUCUGAGAUGUCUGCCAUAGACGAGCCUCAGGGGUCGGAUGAGAAACCCGCCAUGACAGCCACAGAAAUACUCAAGGAAUCCGGUUAAGAUACCGCUAUGUCAGAUGCAACGAAACCUGAGAUCUCUGGUGACACAGCUGCCGCAGCCAUGAAAAAACCUACCUCUAAAGCUGCACAAGAGCCUCAAAAUCGGAUGAGGAAUCCACCACGACAGUCACAAAAGCAUCUCAGAAAACUGAUGAAUAAGCUAUCACAACAGCUGCAGAAGAGCCUCAGAGACUUAGUGACGAACCUAUUGCGAAAGCCGCAAAAGAACUUCAAAUAUCCGAUGAAAAACUCGUUGCAACAACCCCAGAGAACCGACGAGGCACCCACCGCGACAACUGCAAAAGAGCCCUAGGAUCCAAUGAGGAACUCUCUAAGAGAGUUGUAGAAGAGUCACAAUGAUCAGAUGAGGAAGCUGCAGCAGAAGAACAUCGUGCAUUCAAUGAGAAACCGAACGCAACAGCCGCAGAGAAGCCUCGGGCACUUGACGAGAUACCCACCAGUCUUAGAAAUGAAUCAAGACACCCGCCGUGUCAGCCGGAGAAGCUCGGGGAUCCGAUGAGGAAAUCAGAGCAACAAGACCCAGUGAGGAACCGGCCGCGCCGUAACAUUACAGAAGAACCUGAGGAACCUGAUGAGGAAGCCACCGUGACAGCCGCAGAAUAGCCAUCGGGAUCCGAUGAGAAAGUAGCGGCAAAGAAGAGCCUACAUCUCCGUUGAUAAAAGAAAAACAAAAAAAAACUCCAUCUACCUUUGUUGAUAGAUAGGUAAACAGAUUCAGAUGUGUGUGAGGAAAGAAAGGAUGGGUAUGUGUGUAUAUAUCGUAGUGUGUGCAUAUAUAUAUAUAUAUAUAUAUAUAUAUAUAUAUAUAUAUAUAUAUAUUUAGGCUGUGUACAUGUUUGUUCACAUAUGUGUUGUGAUUUCUGUAAAAGAAUUUAGAAUUAAGAAAUCUUAGAGAUUGAAGUAUUCUCGCAUUAUACUCUGUUUUGUUUAAAGUAUAUUCUCGGUGCCAUAAUAGAGGCAGCUCAGGUAAAUAUCUUGAUUUAAUUGUGUUUCUGUUUGAUUUUAACUCAGAAUAGGAUACGGAAGUAUUUGUGAUAUGGUUAAUAUUCAAGAAAUGUUUUGAUAAUAGA